AUGUCAUUCGUGAAGCUAUCAAAAUGCCCUUCGAACCCCGAAGCCUCUACCUUUCACCAUGUUCGCCCCAGGUUUCACCACAACAACACUCAUGAUCGAAUCCGUGAAGGCUCCGACAGACAUCCCUCUCUUUCUAUGAUGACUGGGAAGAUCAAGAAGGGCAGAAAAUCAGUAUUCAAAGAAUUGGACAUCGACACCGAUCAACCUGUCCACCACUACCCAGACGAAAGAGAGUUCGGCGAGAUCACCGGACUUCGUACCGACAACGAGAGUGACGACGGUACCAGUUACAGGCAAUCCGGGUCUAUGAAGUCGCCAACGACACCGACAUCGCCCUCGCCAGGAAAACCUUGGUAUUCGAAACUUACUCCAGGAAAGAGACCACGCAUCAGCUCGACCUCCAGUGCUCCACCGCCUGGCAUGUCGAGCUUUACCAGGCUUACAACACUUGCCCUGUUCAUCGCUGUGGUGAUACCAGGCUUCAGUUAUUACAACGGUCGUGAAAAGGUGUCACUCAAUGGGGCGGAUGCUGGAGUGAUACGACAAGUGGUACAACCAAGUGGCCCUAUUCUCGAAACAAGAGCAGACAGCUCAACCGAUUAUUGCGCGAGAUGGGCAGGACAAAGCGCUUCGGUGAAUGGGACAUUGUACCUCUAUGGUGGUCAGUCCAAGACUUCCGUAGACCAGACUACGGAUACCUGGAAUAACGACUUCUACGUUCUGGAUCUCACCAAGUCAUGGGAUACUGGCUCACCACGGUUGCGAGGACUGCCUAGGCCUUCGGGACCCCCUGCUGUGUCGAUGGGGUAUCUCUGGAAUGACUACAACAAUCUCUACCUGUACGGUGGUGAAUUCGCCGACAACCCUUAUGUUGAGCCUACCGAGGAGUCUAUCUGGAAGUACGACAUCAAGAACCAGAAGUGGACAGAGCACAAACAACCCAAGACUUCUGCCGGCAAGUACUCGACCGAGGGCGACCUGCUUGUCCAGAGAUCGGCUGAAGGUUCUGGUAUUUCGGUGCCUGAACUGGGACUAAGCUGGUAUUUCGGUGGCCAUCUUGACCUUGCGACAACGCCUGGAUGGUCGAACCAGAUCGAACGAGUCUAUUUGAAGAGUCUCCUCGAGUUUACGCAUCCGGGCUAUAACAACGAGGCCGUCUACGGGUUAGAAAAGAAGGGAGCAGGUGAAUGGGGCGCCUUCAGGAAUAUCACCCAAGGCGGUCUCCAAACAGAGGACGAUUUUCACGAACGCGCAGAUGGUGCACUGGUAUACGUGCCAGGCUGGGGUGAUAAGGGUAUCCUCAUCGGCUUAGCCGGCGGUACGGCUGAGGAUUUCUCCGACAACCUCGAGGUCCUGGAUGUCUACGACAUCGCCAGCUCAGAAUGGUACCACCAAAAGACCAGCGGAGACGCACCAUCGGUACGAGUUAACCUUUGUGCUGUCAUUGCUUCAGCACAGGACUUCUCAAGUUUCCAGAUUUAUGUGUUUGGCGGUCAGAACCUUCAGCCAGCUAAAGGCCAAACUCAAUACUCAGACAUGUACAUCCUUUCCAUCCCAUCUUUCACCUGGAUAAAGGUCUCCGACGGCGACGACGAACACAAACCUUCGGCCCGCGCCGGCCACGCCUGCCACCUCCGUGACGGCCAAAUGAUUGUCGUCGGCGGCUACACCGGCGGCAACACGUGUGACUCCCCAGGAAUCUACGUCUUCAACGCCACCUCCCUCACCUGGCAAUCCUCCUUCAAAGCGCUCGACCACGACCCCGAUUUCUACCCCGAAAACUCUGUCCUCGGCAACUCCUUUGGCUAUCAAGUCCCCGCCCCCGUCGCUGGCGUCAUCGGCGGUUCCGGCUCCGGAGGUGCCACAGCCACGCAACCCGCAGCCGGCUCCGCCACCGCCGGCCCCUUCGCAACCGGCAAGCCGCCGGUCUUAACCGUCACAGCCACCGCAUGGGGUCCCGGAGCCACCACCACCGCCAAACCUGGAGACCCAGGCAACCCCAAAAAUACCGAAACAAAAGGCAAGGACCGCAAGGCGGGUCUCAUAGCCGCCGGCGUCAUCGCCGGCCUCCUCGGUCUGCUCGCCAUCUACCUCGGCUACUGCGCCUGGCUGUACCGCCGGCAGGUACGCGCCUAUAAGACCCAUCUGGCCGUGGCGAACCGGUACUCCAGCCCGCACCACCCGGGCGCUUCCACGGCUUCCGGCCUGGCAGCUUUCUUCGGCUUCGGCAGCGGAGGCCGCAAAACCAGUAAACAAAGCCGCAACUCCGCUACCGGCUCUAACGGAGCAGCGGGAGCAGCAGGAAGUAGUAACAGACCAAUUUCGUCAGACAGCUCAAUCUCCUACGACGGUUCUGGUUCUCACAACAACUACGGCUACGGCGGGAUUCCGCCCAUGGAACCCAAGAUGCUGUUUGAAGACGGCGGUAAUCCCGUGAGGACCGAGUCCGGCCACGGAAGUAGUCGCACCAGUCACACUGCUUCGCGCGUCGGCACCGGCUCUGGUUAUGUCCGUCCGUCGCUGGGUUCAUCAACGCAUGCCCAGUAUCCGCCCAUGCCACCUGUUCCUAUGUCUAUGCCCGUAGCUAGUGGUAUCUCGUCGUUUGGGACUCCGGGAUCAUCACCGUGGACAGACGUCUCCCUUUCCGGAACAGGAACCGGAACGGGGACAACGCCAGCUACUAGCGGUCCCAGCCCUGGAACCGGAGCUGCUAUACCCGGCAAAGUUGUGCAUGCCCAUGAGGUUCAGGAUGGGGAUGGUGAGUUCUACGACAAAUCGAGAGGUAGUGUGUCCUCGACGGAACAGCUGCUGCAGGGCGUGGAGCCGAGUUUCUUUAGCGUGGUGAUGGGACCACGGAGGGCGUUGAGGGUUGUCAAUGGGUUGGAGGAGGAGUUGGAGGGGAACGAAAAGAGUAAUGUGCAGAGGAUGGGGAGCCAGGCUAGGAGGGGGUCUUGA